AUGACGAUUCUGUCAGGAGUACACUCUGCCGACUCAUCAGGUCCCGGUAAAGUUGGGGAAAAUGCUUCGGAGUGUCAGGACUCUAUAGCAGAGGUGCAGCUAUCGAACAGAGUGGACGAAUGGAAAUGGUUAGGAGAAGACGUCGGGACCUUCUCGGUUAAAUCGAUAAUGUUGGAUAUCGAUAGAGGAGGCGGAACUGGUAUAAAAUUUAAGUGGUACAAGUGGGUGACGCUAAAAUGUAACAUUAUGGCGUGGAGAGCUAAUUUAGACAGAUUAGCCACUCGUGUGAAUUCGAGGAGGAGAAACAUGAGCAUUCCUUCUGUUAUGUGGUUGAUGUGCGAAGAGGGCGAGGAAACGGCGGAACAUCUAUUCACUGCAUGCAUAUUCUCAAAUUGUGUUUGGUUGAGUUUUAGCUCUUGGUGUAAUAUCCCUCAUAUUUUUGUGUUCUCGGUUAAAGAUAUAAUGGAAAUGCACGGUUAUAUUCAGAUUGGAAGGAAAGCAAAGAAGAUUAUUCAUGGUUUAGCUAUGAUCACGGUUUGGUGUAUUUGGAAAGAGAAAAAUGAGACUAUGUUUCAAAAUAAAGAAAUGUAG